AUGGCCGGAGACAACAAGACUUACGUAUCUAACGGAGAAGUCCUUGGAGGACCACCGGUCUCUGUUCGCAUCUCGCGCUUCUUCGAGUCUGUCUAUAUCUUUUUCGGUCUUUACUUUACAACCCUUCUCUCGAACAUAGCUGACCCUGCUACUUUUUCUACUAGUUUGACCCCUACACCACCGCCCAAAACUCGCAGUUCAACAUUUCCCGCCGAGGAGACAGAUUGGGAGGUAGCAGCUACGGAUCUGGCGGGGGUGGCGCAGGAGGUCCCGGUGGUCCUGGAGGUCCUGGGCCAAGAACAGGAAGGCUUGGGCGGGUAG